AUGUGUGAGCAGGGAGUUACGGAUGUCCUGUGUGAAGCUUGUGACCAGUUAGGAUGGAAGGUGCCAACAAAGAUCCAAGUUGAAGCUAUUCCAAUGGCUCUCCAAGGCAGAGAUAUCAUCGGGCUGGCAGAAACUGGCUCUGGAAAAACAGGAGCCUUUGCUUUGCCAAUUCUUCAAGCACUGCUGGAAACACCUCAGCGAUUAUUUGCUCUUGUCCUCACACCAACAAGGGAGCUGGCCUUCCAAAUCUCAGAGCAGUUUGAAGCUCUUGGAUCCUCCAUCGGUGUCCACAGUACGGUUAUUGUGGGUGGAAUUGACACGAUGUCUCAAUCUCUGGCCUUAGCCAAGAAACCACAUGUUAUAAUUGCUACCCCUGGACGUCUAGUUGACCAUCUGGAGAACACAAAGGGUUUCAAUUUACGAGCUCUGAAGUUCCUAGUGAUGGAUGAGGCUGACCGGAUCCUUAACAUGGAUUUUGAGACAGAGGUGGAUAAGAUACUAAAAGUGAUUCCUCGAGACAGGAAGACAUUCCUGUUUUCUGCUACCAUGACCAAGAAGGUUCAAAAACUCCAGCGUGCUGCUCUGAAGAAUCCUGUUAAAUGUGCUGUUUCUUCCAAAUAUCAGACAGUUGAAAAACUGCAGCAAUACUACAUUUUCAUCCCCUCCAAAUUCAAGGACAGCUACCUUGUUUAUAUCUUGAAUGAACUAGCUGGAAACUCUUUCAUGAUAUUUUGUAGUACGUGUAACAAUACUCAGAGGACUGCUCUACUGCUCCGCAACCUGGGGUUCACUGCCAUUCCUCUCCAUGGGCAGAUGAGUCAGAAUAAACGCCUGGGCUCUCUAAACAAAUUCAAGGCAAAGGCGCGUUCUAUUCUGCUGGCUACUGAUGUUGCAAGCAGAGGUCUGGACAUCCCACAUGUAGAUGUGGUGAUAAACUUUGAUAUUCCUACGCACUCUAAGGAUUACAUUCAUCGUGUUGGGAGAACAGCUCGAGCUGGGAGAUCUGGCAAAUCUAUCACCUUUGUCACACAGUAUGAUGUAGAGCUGUUCCAGCGCAUUGAACACCUGAUUGGCAAGAAGCUGCCAGCAUUUCCCAUGCAAGAGGAAGAAGUUAUGAUGCUGACAGAGCGUGUGGCUGAGGCCCAGAGAUUUGCUCGAAUGGAGCUGCGGGAGCAGGGAGAGAAGAAACGGUCUCGGAAUGAUAAUGAUGAUGACACAGAAGAAGCUAUUGGUGUCAGGAAUAAGGUGACGGGUGGGAAAAAGAAGAAAAGGAAAGCUUUCUAGUUCAGUAUUUGGACAGACUUUUUUAUUUUUCUCUUUAUGGCUACAUGAGCUCGGCAAAAACAGUCUACCAAGCCAUCUCCAGUGAAUUUUUUUCAGAACUACUUAUGGAAUUGGGCAGUCCACCUGGAAAACAACUUCUCUUCUGCUUCACCAGUUACAGACUGAGCUGGGCUUUGGUGGUACUGUUGGACCAGUCUUCCUUUCAGAGACACCAGACCAUCACCUCUGGACCUGAAAGCAGCUGUGGUCUGGCCCUGCUCAUUCACAGAGGUGCAGAGUGAGUGCAACUUUCCACUGCUGCAGCCUGUCUCGCUACCCAAACAGAGUGCAUCUGGGGUCACAUAGGUCUAUCGGAAGAAAGAGAGGAAAAAGUUAAAAGAAGCAGCUGAGCUCCCACAGCAUAGCUGUGUUGUCCUUGCCUUUGUGAAAGGAU